GCUGCCGUAGUCAUUGCAUAGGAAGAAUGGCCGGCUGGAUGUGGCUCCGGUGUUUGCUCGGGCCUCAUCUGCAGCGAAUUCACCGCUCUCCGGAACAUUCCCGACCCGAAGGCAGACCGGGCAGGAGGGGAUGGAACUACCAACCUAGUGGACUGGAGAAACAUGCAGAUAGCAUCCUCGGCUGGGCUUCUGCUCUGUGGUCUCUGUCAUACUACAGUUCUCCUCUUCUGCUUUGCUAUCUGUACCGCAAAGGCUACAUCUGCAGCAGUAAGUUGGUUCCCGUCAGUCAGUACGUGGGCACGGUGCUGGUGUGUCUGCUGGGAGUGGCCUGUGUCAGAGGCUGGGAAAGAUGGAGGAACUCUGAAUAUCUGCAGUUUAUUUCUAUUCUGGAGGAGACCAAAAGCAGCAACACAGCAUCAAACAAAAAAAAAUUACGGUGUUAUGACUUUGACUUUGCGUGGCCCGCAGACUUCAGCUGGACGGAGGUUAACAAUCCAAAACUCUCCAAAGCCGGCGUGUCUCUGCUGAAGCCCGAGCCCAGACUGAGAGGAGCGGCGGACGGUCUGCUCCACUCUGUGCGCACUCUGCCCUGUCACAUCAUCAGUUAUUUAAUCGCCCACUCAUUUGGGAGGAGGAUGCUGUACCCUGGAUCUGUGGGGCUACUACAGAAAGCUGUGAGACCUAUGCUCCAGCAAGGCCAGGCCAAGUUAAUAGAAGAGUACGAUGGGCAGAGGAGCAAGCUGAUUGCCUGUGACGGUAAUGAAAUAGACACCAUGUUUGUGGAUCGGAGGAGGGACGGAGCCGAGGAGAAUGGACAGACUCUGGUCAUCUGCUGUGAGGGGAACGCAGGGUUUUAUGAAGUUGGAUGCAUGAGCACGCCACUCGAAAGCGGCUACUCCGUACUGGGCUGGAAUCACCCAGGUUUUGGAGGAAGCACAGGAGUUCCUUUCCCGCAGAAUGAAGCCAACGCCAUGGAUGUAGUGGUCCAGUUUGCGAUACACAAGCUGGGAUUCAAGGUGGAGGACAUUAUCAUAUAUGCGUGGUCUAUUGGAGGAUUCACAGCCACUUGGGCGGCCAUGUCCUACCCAGAGAUCCAGUCUUUGGUUCUGGACGCUUCGUUUGACGACCUGCUGCCUCUCGCUCUGAAGGUCAUGCCCGACAGCUGGAGGCCUCUAGUGCAGUACACAGUGAGGACGUACAUGAAUCUGAACAAUGCAGAGCAGCUCCUCAAAUACCAAGGACCAGUUUUAUUUAUUCGGAGGACGAGAGACGAGAUCAUCACAACAACGGGUCCAGAAGACAUCAUGUCCAACAGAGGCAAUGACCUGCUGCUCAAACUCUUGCAGUACAGGUAUCCUAAAAUAAUGACAGACGAAAGCAUCAGAGUUGUACGGCAGUGGCUCGGCGCGUACAAUUACUUAGAAGAAAUGUCCAUGUACAGCAGAUAUGAAGUGGAUGACGAUUGGUGCAUUUCGGUGCUGCAGUCCUAUCAGACAGAGAGGGAUGUACUGUUCCCAUGGAGUGUUGGUGAGGACAUGACUCCAGACGGUAGACGGCAGCUGGCUCUUUUCUUGGCGCACAAGUAUCUACACAACUUUGAGACGACACACUGUACUCCGCUGCCCGCCUCCGAGUUCCACCAGGCCUGGAGACUGUAAACGAAGAAGAGGAACGAAGGAGGAUGACGAGCGAAGGAGUGAAAGCGAGAGGAGGGGGGGGGAGUGACAGAAAAAGAACAGCAGGAGCUUAUAGUUACACAAAAAAGGAAUAUCCACAGGAGUGAACUUAUGUUAAAUACUGUAGAUGGGUAGAUAAAUACCUACCAGCGGAGGUCCAUUUUAUUUAAUUUUUUAUUUGUACGUUGAUUAAAGUGACAUUUUCCUACAGCUGUCCGAUAAUGUAGCUUGAAAUAACAGAGCCAGUGAUUACUUUUAUGUGAUUGAGUUAACAAUACUUGAAAAUGUUAUCUUUGAGUUGGCUUUAGAGCAACUUUAAAAGACCGAAGUUGGAUUUUACUACUAUAAAACUUUAUGUACUUCUCAAAACAUGAAGGCGUUUAACUUUGACUGUGGAUAUCUUUUUUUGUUGUUGUUGCAGAGUGGGCAGCCUGCAGGUCAAUAAUGAAUGCACUUGCUUUGUUUUGAUCUUGUACAAAUAUGCUGUGAUGGCCAAUGGAAGAAAUGUUGGUUUUAUCGACCCCCUCUUCACCUUGUAAACCUGAAAAAAUACCCAUGGUACAGAUGAUUUGGGGGGGGAUAUUGUACUGUAUAUUUUAAAUGUUCAAAAAAGACACAUUCGGAGGAAACACACGUCAUUCUCACUUCUUCAUAAAACACCCAUCUUUGGCUUAGUUUGUAUUCUAUUGUAGUUUCAACAAUGCUGUAUUUUAUUUUAACUUGAGCAAAUAAUGACCUGAUUACAAAUGCCGCCAAAGAUUUUGAAGUCCCACGAUUUGGCAGUUUCUCUUCGAAUGCUCGAAAAAUGUUCUGUUAUGUUGAAUAAAAUGUUUGACACAAGUAUCUAA